UCUAACAAGAAGCGCCGAUCAGACAAAGCACACAUCAAUUGACAGAAAUCCACGUAUUACCAUAUUUUAAGGCCGUUGUCAUGCGUUGAAACACCUUCUGUUAUUCAUCUUCUUCUUCUUCUUCUUCUUCUUCUUCUUCUUCUUCCUCCUCGCAAUUUCUUCUCCAUCACUCGUUAAUCCCAUAAAUUCCUAAUCCAAAAAACUUCUCCAUUCGCCACUUUCUGUAACUGUAUAUUAUGGCACCAUCUACGCUUAUAUGUGACACUGAUUCUUGGCAAAACUUGAAGACCCACGUUGCGGAAAUUAAGAAGACCCAUCUUCGUGAUUUGAUGAGUGAUGCUGACAGAUGCAAAUCCAUGAUGGUUGAAUUUGAUGGUUUGCUGUUGGAUUACUCCCGGCAGAAUGCAACUCAUGACACCAUGAGUAAACUAUUUCAGCUUGCAGAGGCUUCCCAUCUCAAAGAUAAGAUUAAUCAAAUGUUCAAUGGAGAACAUAUCAAUAGCACCGAGAAUAGGUCUGUUCUCCACGUUGCUCUUCGUGCAUCGAGAGAUGCAGUAAUAAACGGUGAUGGGAAAAACGUAGUCCCUGAUGUGUGGCAAGUUCUAGAUAAAAUUCGGGACUUUUCUGAGAAAAUCCGAAGUGGUUCUUGGGUCGGAGUCACAGGGAAACCACUGACAAAUGUUGUUGCUGUUGGUAUUGGAGGGAGCUUCUUAGGACCUCUCUUUGUGCACACAGCUCUCCAAACAGAAUCCGAGGCUGCCGAAUGUGCAAAAGGACGUCAACUACGUUUUCUGGCAAAUGUUGAUCCAAUUGACGUUGCAAAAAAUAUCUCUGGAUUGAACCCUGAGACUACGCUAGUUGUUGUGGUAUCAAAGACUUUCACGACUGCUGAAACCAUGUUGAAUGCUCGGACACUGAGAGAAUGGAUUUCCUCUGCACUUGGGCCUGCAGCAGUUGCAAAGCAUAUGGUGGCCGUUAGCACUAAUCUCACGCUUGUUGAAAAAUUUGGCAUUGAUCCUAAAAAUGCUUUUGCAUUCUGGGACUGGGUUGGAGGCAGAUAUAGUGUAUGUAGUGCAGUUGGGGUUUUGCCUUUGUCUCUUCAGUACGGGUUUCCUAUUGUUGAGAAGUUUCUGAAGGGAGCUUCAAGCAUUGAUCAACAUUUCCACUCUGCACCCUUAGAGAAAAACUUACCGGUUCUUUUAGGUUUGUUGAGCCUUUGGAAUGUUUCAUUUCUUGGACAUCCGGCAAGAGCCAUAUUACCAUAUUGCCAAGCACUGGAAAAAUUUGCUCCUCAUAUUCAACAGGUUAGCAUGGAAAGUAAUGGAAAGGGUGUCUCAAUAGAUGGUGUGGUGCUUCCUUUUGAGGCUGGUGAAAUUGACUUUGGUGAACCUGGAACAAAUGGACAACACAGCUUUUAUCAGCUAAUUCAUCAGGGACGUGUUAUCCCCUGUGAUUUUAUUGGAAUUGCAAAAAGUCAGCAACCUGUAUAUCUCAAAGGUGAAGUAGUGAGCAAUCACGAUGAGCUCAUGUCUAACUUCUUUGCACAGCCAGAUGCACUAGCUUAUGGAAAGACCCAAGAAGAGUUGCAGAAGGAGAACAUAUCUCCCCAUCUUGUCCCACACAAGACCUUCACCGGAAACCGUCCUUCUCUGAGCCUUCUGCUUCCAUCUUUGACUGCAUAUAAUGUUGGACAGUUGCUGGCCAUCUAUGAGCAUAGAGUUGCGGUUGAAGGUUUCGUAUGGGGUAUCAAUUCUUUUGACCAAUGGGGAGUUGAGCUAGGAAAGUCACUGGCAAAUCAGGUUAGGAAACAGCUUCAUGCAUCUCGUACUAAUGGAGAAGCUGUCAAGGGCUUUAAUUUCAGUACUACAACAGUGAUGGCAAAGUAUUUACAGGAGACUUCUGAUGUCCCUGCUGAGCUUCCAACCAAGUUGCCAUAGGUGCAGCUCGUUUCCUUCAAACAUGGUUUUGCUGCGUUUUUCAGAGCACCAACAAGAACUCUUUAGCUCUUAACCAACUAGAAUAAUGACAAACCCAGCUGUUUUGGUUUUGAUCCUUUGUCAAUUUUGCCAAAUAUGUGUAAUAAUAGACAACAAAAGAUUAGUAUAUUUCGUUACAUGAAAACAAAGUUCUGAAGUAUAUUUCACUUCUUUCAUUCUGUUGACUGAAUAACAUAUGAAAACAGAGUUAUGAAGUAUAUUUCACUUCUUUCA